AAAGCGUAACUGCGGGAAAACCAGUUCCCCGCCCGGAGAUCACGCCUCACGAGCUCGGCUCUUCAUGACGUGGCGAGCCGCUAAAGGUCCGCCGGUUCCUCCGUGGGCUGCGGCAAUUGGGCAGACUACCUGUUUAGCAAUGUUGACGAGAAAUGUAAAUAUACACACAGGUGGUAAUAACGACAUAGGCAAGAGUUUAUGUAAAUAAAACAGAAGUGAAACCGCGUCACUGUUCCGGUUUCCAUGGGCAAACAGCUUCUCGCAGACGCAAUGUUUGGCAGAUAGUUGGAGAAAAGGCCGGAUUUUAAUACGAGGUGGUGACAGGCAGCUGCGCAGACAUGCCUCAGCUCACGGCCCCCGCGAUGCUGCAGCUCGUGCUGCUGCUCUCCGCUGUGCCUGCGCAGUACUUCAUCUCCCGCUGGAGCAGCACCACGGUGACGCAGCGCUACCACGCGAGCACACGGUUGCUUAGAAUCUGGAAAGAUUGGAGAUUAUCUUACCUCAAUGGCACUGCAUGGAUGGACUGGGCAGAACAGCAGAUGUCCAGAGUCAAGUCUUGGGUUGGCUUGGGAGAGGAUGAGUUAAAAGAGUCUCUUGCCAUAGAGACCAUGCUUUUUGACAAUGACCUGGAAUUCUUUGGAGCUUCCAAGAAAGUGCGCAGCCCUCGACCUCCGUAUGUGUUCCUGCGUGUUGGAGAGGUGGUGAUGGAGAGUAAGGGCCACAUGGUGGGGGUGGUGGUGAGCUGGGACUCUGAGCUGCGAGCCCCUCCACAGUGGGUCGACAGAAUGUAUUCUGGUUAUCAGGGCCCCAAAGCAGAGAAGACGCCUCAUUAUAAAGUGCUGUUCAGUGGGCCUGGCGCCUCCUCUCUGUUCAUUGCAUACUUGCCUCAAACAAAACUGGAACGAAUCACUGGGAUGAGGCCGGACAUUCCCACCUUGGAAAAUUACUUCACACAUUUUGAUGGGGAGCGGUUUGUCAUGCAGCCCUGGCUCAGAGAGCUCUUCCCCGAGGACGGGAUGGAGGACCCCUGACUGCUCGGCUGUGUGUGGGAUCAUAUAGGUAACACGAUAUAUGCAAUGCUAAAAUCACCAGAGGAAGCAUGGCUAUUGCUUUCUAUGUGUGUGCUUCUGACUUUCCAAAGGUAUCUGAGAGACCUCUCUAUUUUGUCUCAAGUUCUUUUUUUCCUAAGAUAUCUACUGGAAUCUGUCAAUCAUUGCUGAAGUGAGUGGAAGCCCGCCAUUUGAGCAGAUCAAGGACAAUUUUAAAAUCCCCCCUUUUUUUGAUGUAAGGGUGUCUUUUUGGAUUUUUAGUAACUCUGGGACUCAUUUAUGAAAUGUUAUUUACCUUUUAUUUCUUUGAGAUGUAUAAAUAUAAAGUGUUUUAAUUUGAUGUGCCAAAAUUAGAACAAAACAGAUAAAAAACAUUUAAUUUAAUGUUGGCCUGAUUUUAAGUUAAAUGAUAACUGCAAAUGCUUGAAAUGAUGCUUUAAAAUCUGUUUUUUGUUUACAAGACAGUGUUGGCUGAGGUAUAAAGAAAAACUUUAAAAACUGCACUUCUAUUCAGCCAUUACAACGAAGUAAUAAAAGACUAUAAACUGUGA